AGCGUGGAGCGAAACAAACAUGGCGCCGCGAAAGUGAGGAAAAAUCUACUUAUAACGCUUUUAGAUAUUAAUUUAUCCGGGUUGAGGUUUCUGGGCCUCCCCUGUCAGUUGGUGCUCCAGGCUGGAUGAUCCCACACUUACAUGAGAGGAAGAAGAGGACACUCUUCAUCGUCAUCAUCAGUGACUCGACAGCAGAGCAGGAUGGCUCUGAGGAAGGAGCUGAUCCCGGACAUCUCUGUUGAUAACCAGCCACAAGAUCAAAGCACACAGGAGGAUGAGCUCCCAUCUUUACUUCGUUCAACAUCCUCGGCACGCGAGAAACGACGAAAGGAGAGGGAUAGUCAAGUCAAAGAAAAAGAGAUGACGGAGGAGGAGAUGAUGGACCUGGCCUUGCAACUAAGCAAACAGGAAGCCAGCAAUACAGCACUGAGACAGCAGCGGGAGGAUGAGGAUGUGAUGAAAGCCAUUCAGGAGAGUAUGGUCAGCCAGAAACAACCUUCUCUGAAGUCUCCAAAUAAAUCGCUGCUUGGUGCCGCCUCCACAAGUUUAGGCUCUCGCCGAAAACUCUCAUACACCAAUGGAGAGAAGCUGCCACAAGAGGGCGACAUGAACUCAGGAGAUGAAACUAUUACCAGUAGUAAAAAGCAGAAAAGAAGUACAGACAGUUCUCUGCUUGAGAUGCCAGAUUUGUCUCAGACUCAGAACCUUUCCUGCCAGAAUUCGCUCUGCAGCCCUGAAUCGUUCUCACUCAAUCUGGACUCUCCACAGAGCUCAGACUCAACUCAUAUAGAUGACUCCCAGCUCCAGAUGUCUCCAGUCUUUCCACUGACCGGCUGCAAAGCCGAGGUCCACAUCAAGCGGUUAAACCGGGAUCUAGUAGAAACAUGUAAAACCUCUGGGUUUGUCAUGUUUUCUGAGGACAGUAUUCCUUCGACUCAAAAUUCUGCUCAGCCCAAAAGCCCAGUAUUUCCACAGAGUAACAGAGUAUCUAGUCCCAAAAGUCCUGUGUUCUUAGAAGAUGAAGAGGGACAUGGAGGAGAGUUAGAGCAGAGCCCCAAGUUUGUUAAAAGUCAAAUUUAUGGCAGGACUGCAGAGCAUGAGACGUCUCCUAAUGCCUCUGAACCCCCUGCGUGUGAAAACGAGGAGAUUGGCUUCUCCUCUCAGGAGAGUUUUAUCCCCACUUUAAGGUCUUGCCCUCCCCAGAGCCCUGUUUUCCCUAAAACUCCCUCGGAUAUGUUAGCAAUCAAUUCGGACACUGAUCAAGAACCUGCUGAACGGGGAGAUGAAUGCUCAGUGAGCCCAGUGUUUGGAUCGACGGAAGCACAGAAGACUGACCUGCAGGAAAAACCAGGAGAGGUUCGAGGUUCUGAACAUGAUCAGAAUAUCCCCGAUUGCAGGAAGAUGCGUUUUGCCCUGGAACGAGGCUCAGUAAAGAUCAUGUCUCUUAUUGGGGGAGAAUCUUACUUCCUCACUUUGCUGUUUGUCAGUGGACCAAUUCCCAUCUAA